ACGUGCACCGCCAUGCCCACACAAGCUAGGCCGACCCAUUCACUCUUCCGCUCACCAAUCCGCGACGCUUUCCAGCAGAAACCCAAGAGGCCCUCGUGCCGAUUGAUCGCCCCGUCCGCGGAGGGAGCGUUAUCAAAAAUGGUAGAGCGGAACCCGCGCAGGUAUGUGCAGGUGACGAUGAAGAGAAGGACAACGGUGAUCAGGCUGGAGAAAUCGAAUAUCGCAGAC